UCGUGGAUAUUUUGCGUCUACUCCCAUUAGUCACUCACUCGUCCAUUGCGGCUAGGGUUUUUCGUUUUCCUCUAUCUGACUCCUCUGUUUCUUGUUCUACAGAUUCCUUGUUCUUUCAUUGCUUAGAUUCAUGGAGCUCUUGUUAAGAUAGGGUUUUCUGGUCGCCUUUCUACGAGUGGAAUUUCCUGUUUUUGAGGUCUUUUUUGGGGUAUUUGUUUUCGAUAUAGUUUGGAAAUGGCGACCGUUAAUCCAUUUGAUUUGUUGGGAGAUGAUGACGCCGAGGAUCCGUCGCAGCUAAUUGCGGCUAAGAAGGUGGCGGCAGUGACGUCGCCGGCGCCGAAGAAAGGUCCUGCCCAGAACAAACCGGCGGCUUUGGGGGCUCAGCAGAACAAGCCUGCUAGUCUUCCUUCAAAGCCUCUUCCUCCAGCACAGGCUGUAAGAGAAGCAAGGAAUGAAGGCGGUCGUGGAGGUCGUGGCAGUGGGAGAGGUGUAGGGCGUGGUUAUGGGCGAGGCCGUGAAGGCAGUGGCUUCGUUCGUGGUUCUUUCAAUAAUGAGAACAUCAGUGCAGCUGAAGAUGGAGAGACAGGAAAGACAACCGAAAGGCGUGGGUAUGGUGGUCCACGUGGUCGUGGUGGCCGUCGUGGUGGUUUCAAUAAUGGAGAGGCUGCUGAUGGGGAGCGCCCUCGUAGAGUAUUUGAGCGCCACAGUGGAACUGGCCAUGGAAAUGAAUUUAAACGUGAAGGAUCUGGUCGUGGUAAUUGGGGAAGGCCAACUGAAGAAUUUGCUGAGGCUGCUGAGGAAGCUGUUAAUGAAAUGGAAAAGAACAUGGGUGAUGAGAAGCCUGUUCAAGAGGAUGAUGCCGGAGGUGUCAACGCAGAGAACUCUGCUAAAGAACCAGAGGAAACAGAACCAGAAGACAAGGAAAUGACUCUGGAGGAGUAUGAAAAGUUGCUUGAAGAGAAAAGGAAGGCCCUUCUGGCACUAAAAACUGAGGAAAGGAAGGUGGAUCCAAAAGAAUUUGCAUCCAUGCAACAACUUUCAUGCAAGAAGGAGAACAACGACAUAUUUAUUAAAUUGGGAUCUGAGAAGGAUAAGCGAAAAGAGAUUGCGGAUAAAGAAGAGAGAACUAAGAAGUCUUUGAGCAUCAAUGAGUUCUUGAAGCCUGCGGAAGGUGAGAGACACUACGGCUCAGGUGGCCGGGGAAGGGGUCGUGGUGGCCGUGGUUCAAGGGGAGGAUACAGUGGCAACUCGAUCAGCAACGUUCCAGCCCCAUCCAUUGAGGACCCUGGGCAGUUCCCUACCUUAGGUGCGAAGUGAACUCAAUAAAAUUUCCCUUGAAACUGUGUUUUUGAUCUGGGGCAGCAAAUUGACUUCAAUAAUAUAGUCUCUCCUAAAUGAUAAAAGGAAAAAAAAAAAUGUAAAUUGUCGGUCCUGUGUUUCUGCGUUGUAUGUUUCCAACUUUUGUUUCAGACUGUCUGCUAGAACAAACUAUUUAUGACCUUUUCUUUUAGCCCCGCUGGUAUACCGUUUAUCUCCCAA